UAACCUCUUUUUCCUCUUCCCUCUCUCUCUCUGAGCUCUGGUAGGUCCACAUUGGUACAGCCAGCAUCUUGCAGCACAAUGGUUGCAAGUUGGUGAGCUGGAGGUGGGGGGAGAGAGUGAUUCAGCAUCAGCAAACCUCGGUUCCGUCCACUUCAGAUGUUAAUUUCCCCCAUUUUUUCAUCGCUUCUUUUUAUUUCCUUCUUCAUAUUGCUAAACGUUCGUUAUCUGCGCGAACGUCCUCGUUACGCCUCCAGCCAUGGUCUCAGCAACGUUUCUCUUCGGGAUGUUUUGAAAAGGACUGGCACCGGACUGGGAGCGUCAUCAGCUGGCACGGAAUGGUAUUUAUGAGCAGACAUUUCUUAUAUAACUGCAGCCAACCAGUCCUGGAUGUAAAGCUAGCCUUUUGUCAGGGUUUUGGAAAACAAGUGGAUGUGUCAUAUAUUGCCAAACAUUACAACAUGAGCAAAAGCAAAGUGGACAACCAGUUCUACAGCGUGGAAGUGGGAGAUUCCACCUUCACAGUUUUAAAACGUUACCAGAAUUUAAAGCCCAUCGGCUCAGGAGCUCAGGGAAUUGUCUGUGCGGGCUACGAUGCUGUCCUAGACAGAAAUGUAGCCAUUAAGAAGCUGAGCAGACCCUUCCAGAACCAAACUCAUGCCAAGAGGGCGUACCGGGAGUUGGUGCUCAUGAAAUGUGUCAAUCACAAAAAUAUAAUCAGUUUAUUAAAUGUCUUCACACCACAGAAAUCAUUAGAGGAAUUCCAGGAUGUGUAUCUUGUGAUGGAGCUGAUGGAUGCUAACUUAUGCCAGGUGAUUCAAAUGGAGCUUGACCAUGAGAGAAUGUCCUACCUGCUCUACCAGAUGCUGUGUGGGAUCAAACAUCUGCACUCAGCUGGGAUCAUUCACAGGGAUCUCAAACCAAGCAAUAUAGUAGUGAAGUCUGACUGCACUCUGAAGAUCCUGGACUUUGGUCUGGCCAGAACCGCAGGCACCAGUUUCAUGAUGACCCCAUACGUGGUGACGCGGUACUACAGAGCCCCAGAGGUCAUCCUGGGAAUGGGAUACAAAGAGAAUGUGGAUAUUUGGUCGGUGGGGUGCAUUAUGGGAGAAAUGGUGCGCCACAAAAUCCUGUUCCCUGGUCGGGACUACAUUGACCAGUGGAACAAGGUGAUCGAACAGCUGGGCACACCCUCACCAGAGUUUAUGAAGAAGCUGCAGCCCACAGUGAGGAACUAUGUAGAGAACCGGCCAAAGUAUGCAGGCCUCACCUUUCCCAAGCUCUUCCCCGACUGCCUUUUCCCUGCUGACUCUGAGCACAAUAAACUCAAAGCGAGCCAGGCCAGAGAUCUACUCUCUAAGAUGCUGAUCAUCGACCCCGCAAAGCGGAUAUCAGUGGACGAGGCGUUGCAGCACCCCUACAUCAACGUGUGGUACGAUCCAGCUGAGGUGGAGGCGGCCAAAGAUUUCAUCCAAAUAUCCAUGCCUCCACCCCAGAUCUACGACAAACAGCUGGAUGAGCGAGAACACUCUAUUGAUGAGUGGAAAGAGCUAAUUUAUAAAGAAGUGAUGAACUUUGAGGAGAGAACGAAGAAUGGCGUUGUGAAGGGACAACCUUCACCUUCAGGUACUCUCAGUGCAUAAGCCUAAUCGCUCUCACAGGUGCAGCCGUGAACAGCAGCGAGAGCCUCCCUCCCUCCUCAUCCAUCAACGACAUCUCCUCCAUGUCCACCGACCAGACCCUGGCCUCAGACACCGACAGCAGCCUGGAGACCUCUGCGGGACCCCUGGGGUGUUGCAGGUGACUAUCCGCCUGCCUGCGCAACCCCAUGUUCUUCCGAAGAUGAAGAACCCAACAGAUACGACCAACAAAAUAUGAAAGAGGAAAAAAUAAACAAAUAAAAAAAGAAAGAAUAUAUUCUGAACAAAAAUAGGAAACAAAGAAUCUGAAAUGAUGUAAUCUAAAGCCUGUGCAUUGUCACUCAAAAUCAACGGUGGUAUUUAAACUGAAGUAAAUGAGCAGAGAUAUGUGUUAAUGAUCAUCCAGUUGCUUUGCUGCAAAUCCUGUAUAUGGCAUCCAAACAAAAAAACGACCAAGUGCUUAGACUUGCAUCUCCUGUAAAGUGCAUUUUGGCUGGCUGCUGGACUCCUGGGAGCAUUUAUGGUUGAUCGUUGUGGCAAGGUGGGCUGCCGUUGUGCUCAUCACUACUACUAAUAAUACAAACUUCCCCCCUUUUCUGUAAAUGAUCGCUUUCUCUGAGACUCUCGCCCUUUAGACCCACAAUCUCGAAUGUAAGGUUGGCUGUUUUGUGUGGGGUUUAUUUAUUUAUUGUUUUGGUGAAGUCUUCAGGGACGUGUGGUGGCUCUCCCCUGCAGCGGUGCCUCCUGUGCUUCUUGUAAAUUCUGUAAUUCUGUAUAGCUGAAAGGCAGCCAGAGUGGGACUGACGGCCAGUAAACUGGGAGUUGUUUUGAUUUUCUUUACCUAUAGCGCACACCUCGUCGCAUCACUGCUGUCCACCUUGUUUGCCCCUGCCUAUUGCUGUAGUCGUGCAUGAUUAGAUUUAAACAACGCUGAUCUCACUGUAUGCUAAAAAAAGAGUCUGUAUAGAGACUUUUGUUAAUGUACAAUGUCAACUAAUUCCACUGCAGAAAUAAAGAUGGAGCCUGGUCUCCGUAGGACGAGAGUGUGUGUUGGUGAACAACAGGUAAAAAAGUUAAAAUCAGGCUCGAGUUCAGGAGGAUCAGAACGCUCAGAGACGAAUGUUUCUGAGAUGUUUCCCUUUUGUUUCCCUCAGCGGUGUUUGAGCGGUCCCUCCACCACCCCGCGGGCUGCCCCCACACACGUCACUGUGCACCAGUCACCCCUCACAAGUCAACAAAAUCACAACGUGACCUCUCCUGUUUUCCUUUCAAACGUUUUAACGACACAAACUGAUGAGGUAGGAAAGCUAAAGGCAAUGGAAGAGUGUUAACUUGUGGAUCUUGUCACCAUGCAUCAUAAAAACACAGCUGGAGAGAAUGCAGCCAUCAGUCAUGGUGCCUGCAGGAUUUCCCUGCAGAUCAUCAGUUUAAUAGCACUGUGUGUUUGUUCUAGUUUGUCUAUAGUGAGAAUUAUUCAUUGAUCCAUUGAUUUGUUACAGGAGUUUUAGCUGCGGUCGAACACGUUGAUAUUGAUUGUACCUAAUGUGGCAGUUUAAAUGUUUAAAAUCAUUUAAAUCACUGCAAAUCCAAACGAAAAACUAGAUUGUUUUUAAUGACUUUUAAUUGUAAAUCUAGAUGCAUGAAACGAAAAAAUAAAUGUUAAAUUAUUUAAUUUCACACAUUUAACCUGCACAGUUUAUUUUGAUAAACAGCUUUUAACAACAGUGUAUUUUUAUCUGAUGAUCUUUCUUUUAAAACACAUUUAAAUAAAAUGUUUUUCAACUCAAAAGCUAACCGGUGACAUGCAUGUAAUACAGUCAUUUCCUAUGAGGAAAUUAUUUGACAAAAAAAUUACUGUUUUUAUUUUAGUUGCAGUAUUUUACGCUCUCAUGCAGGUUUAACAGAAACAUUAAACAGUCCAGAUUUUCAUUUAUAAGUUGUUUGUGUUUUUGUUGUUAGGAGCUGUAAACUCUGUUAAUAUGAACAGAAUUAGACAUCGUUCACAGAAUCCUUCUGAGAACCAAGAUUAUGUCUGUUGUGCAUUUCAGAUAGGAAUUGGACCUUUUCAACAACAAAAUAGCUCCCUUCAACAUUAAACAAAACGUAAAACUUGAUUCUGAAAUUCAUUAAUUAGACGUAAAAUUAUUCUAAUUAAACGAAAAUUUCCUGAAUAAUAACAUGUAUGUAUGUAUAUAUAACAUGUAUAAACGGGAAUUGUCCACACAUGUGGAUGCUGGGCCUCAAUAGGAUAUAAAGUCUAAUGAAAAACCUUUCUUCAUUAGCUUAUUAACCCUCUCAGGCUCAAAAUAAGUUUUGAUAAAAGGACGAAAAACUAAGUCUUUCAGGGGUACUUCUGAGUUAAAAAAUGCUCAUGAAAUACGCAUGUGGAGUAACCGGGUAGGUAGGUUUUAACGUUAUCUGCAAUGCCUGCCUCCAGAGGGUUACAAUACUGUUCACAAACAGCUGUAUCUAUAGAUACUGACACGUGUGUUUAGAGGUGAUCCAUUAAACUUUAGACAUGAUGGUGGGAAAAUCCAGUGAUCUGCCUCAUUUCAUGACAUUUUUUUCUAAAAGAAGAAUCUCUCACAGCCCCCCCAAAUCGUCAAAAGCAUCCUUGUUAACACUCUUCCAUCCUGCUGCCUGAACUAUAAACGCACUAAACCUUUUCUCAGAGGGUGACUGAGGUCAGCGUCUCCAGAAUAAGUCUGCAUGGAUUUCUGUUCAGGGUCUGGCCCGGGCAAUCUUUCAAAAAAACAGGAUGCAACUUUAAAAUGUUUGUGUUUGAAAAACGUACAGUUUCUCACCAGGGGGGUCCAGAUUUGGCUCCUGUAUCACAAAUACACACAUUAGUGUUGCAGUUUUUCUACCAGGCAUCUUGAACCACGUAACUACACCCUUCUUUCUGACGUUUUCCUGCUCAUGUAAAAACAAUAACAAUAAAAAUAAUAAUAUGUCUUAAUGUUUUUGUUUCCCCACUUUUCUGAUUGUGAACUGUUGAUUGUUUUAUAAGACGCCCCUCCCAAACCAAAAAAAAAAUUACUUUGUGACAAAAGGUGCUUUUGGUGGCGGUUAAUGCGUCUGAAGAACACACAAACAGCUGGUUUGUCAGACUCCGCACUGAAUGUAGAAAUGAAUGGAUUUGCUUCAUCGUGUGUCCGUGUGACAAGCAGCAUCCAACACAAAAACGAUGUGGACGUGAGUUUCCUGGCAUCUGGACUGGUUCCAAAACUAAUCUCUAGUCCAGGAUUGUGACUCUUGCUCGCUUUAAGAACAUCAAUGAUGGGUCGGUUGUGUGUUUGGAAAUUGUUUUUGUGCUUGUUGAUGUUCACUCACAUUAACCACUGAAUCAGAAAAUGCCCUGGUCCCAAAGUUUGUCACAAAAUCUUACAUCGAUCUGUUUUACGUCCAGGAUUAGUAGAAUUCCUGUUUUCAAAACAUUCAUUUGUAAUCCGAAAGAAAUCUUUUAGCCAUAACAUUUCCGCCAGAACAGAAGGAAGCGAAAACCUGUCACGUAUUAGGCUAUGUCUUGUACUUAGUCUUUGGACUCAUUAGUAGUGAUCUGCAAUUCAUUGAUUUUCACUUUUCCACACAAUUCAACUGUAAAUAAUAACAAUCCAACAAUGCAAUAAACACUAUUGCACUCAUACAGGGAGGCAGGCUACUGCGGCGCACCAGGUGAUGCUACCAUGUUUAGAGCCGUAACUCUACAAAACCCUGUACAGCUCAUCUGAAUCAGGUGAUUGUUGUUCUCUGGUUCUUUUCUGACUCCCCUGUCUCUCAUUUCUUUUACUCCGUGCUGUUUUAAUGAAUUAACCUUUUGACAUUGUCAGAUUGAGAAACAAAAAGAAACUGUAUCUGUUUCACGCUGAUCUCAAAGCUUCAGAAUAAAGCGUUUCAAGUAAAACAAAAAAGUAAAAGAAAAAGUCAACAUAAAUGCAAAUGAAAAAAAUAAAUAAAUACUGAAAGCUGUUGCUGUAAACACAACAUUUUAAAGGAACUGUGUAUGUACAAAUAGUAUAUGUACGUGAUUGAAAAUAAACAAAAUUUGAUCUUG